AUGCUGGAGAACAUCAGGCAUAUCAUCAGACACGGUAGAAAUGCCGUUGGGUCAGGUGCUGUGAAGAGAAACAUCCCAUCCGGUGUUCCACCGACUCCUGCAGCAGAAAGCCACCAUUCUGAGUAUUUGAAACCUGUUGCAGAGAAUAUUGUUAAUGAGGAGAUUCAAAGUUACGAGAAGAGAAAGCAAGAAGUCCAUCAGUCCAUUGAGAACUACACUCUUGGCGAGAAACUAGGAGAAGGUGCAUUUUCCGUUGUCUAUGCUGCGAUUAACAAAGAAACCAAGGAGAAGGUUGCAAUUAAAGUCAUCAAGAAAUAUCAGUUAGACGAGAAGCAAAAGGCGAACGUCAUGAAAGAGGUGAACUUGAUGAGCCAAUUAAACCAUCCCAAUGUUGUGAAAUUGAUUGAUUUUAUUGAAAAUGAUCACUACUACUUCAUCAUUCAAGAGUUGGUAUCAGGUGGUGAGAUUUUCAAUGAGAUUAUCAAAUAUACAUACUUUAGUGAGGACCUCUCUCGUCAUGUCAUUAUUCAGGUUGCAGAGGCACUUCUUUACAUGCAUGAGAUAGUUGGAAUUGUCCAUCGUGAUUUAAAGCCGGAGAACAUUUUCUUCAAACCGGUUAAAUUCAUCAAGGAUGAACCAGCCGCUAGGUUCAAGAAAUUGAGAAAAUCUGAUAAUCCAAAGACUAAAGUAGAUGAGGGUAGAUUUGUCAUGAAUUACGGCGGUGGUGGUAUUGGAUUGAUUAAAAUAGGUGAUUUUGGGUUAUCUAAACAAAUUUCACUUGACCAGUCUAACUCUCUUAAAACUCCUUGCGGUACUAUAGGAUAUACUGCACCCGAGAUUGUACGCGAUCAAAGGUAUUCUAAGGAAGUUGAUAUGUGGGCACUUGGAUGUGUUUUGUACAUCUUAUUAUGUGGAUUUCCACCAUUUUUCAAUGACAAUAUUGAGGAGUUAACGAAAACCGUUGCUCGUGGUGAGUUCAAGUUCCUAUCUCCAUGGUGGGACGAGAUUUCUGAUGGUGCAAAGAACUGUGUUUCAAGAUUGUUGACGGUCAAUCCUGGCGAGAGAUAUAACGUUGAGCAGUUCCUUAAUGAUCCUUGGAUUGUAGAAUUCCUAAACAGAUCUGAAAACUUGCAAGCCCAAGCACAAUCUCAAGCACAAACCCAAGUACAAGUGCAUGCGCCAUUUCAGACACAAACUCAAGGCAAUGCUCCAAUACAAACCCAAUCGUCUGAGGUUCGGUCUAUUGGUACACCUGCAUUAUCGUCGGCUACUAAUUCUGAUGGUAGUGACAGGUCACCAGAAACACUUACGGGCGAAGCACAACCAAGACCAAACAAAUCAUACUCUACAAUUCUAACUGUUCCCGAGGAUCUGUCGCCAUUUGACUCGGAUAUAGAGAUGGAUUACGAUUUUGGAGUCGAGCUGAGAAGAGGUCCCGAGCUGAUUGAGGAGUCUCUAGAACCUGCUCCGGCCUCGACCACCCAUCGUGUAUCGAAGUCGCAGAUGAAUAGAAAGAAAGAAAGCGGCAGGUUUACACCAGAGGUUAUGGCCAUGAGGGAUAUGUUUGAUAUGUCGCUUGCGGCUCAUAGAAUGCACGAGGAGCGUAAGGGCAGAUUUACCCCAAGCAAGGGUAUCAUUGAGGAGGAUGAAGACGGCGAGGAGUCAGGUGCGUUGAAGGAUGCACCUGCAGGGUUUACAUUGAAUAUGAAUGAUGCUUCUAUUCUAGCUAGAAGAAGGAAAGUGUAA